AUGUUUCUUUGGCUAGUAGUUGUGUUAAUGGUUUCAGGUUCCGUCUCUUCAAAUGAAUACAAACUCCAUUGGGUAGUUCCUCCUGCAAAUGCUUCUACAAGUCUCAAUGAUUGGGCUUCCACUCAACGUUUCCAAGUUGGAGACACCAUUCGAUUCAAGUACAAGAAAGAUUCCGUGAUGCAAGUGACCAAGGAGGGUUAUAUGCAAUGCAACUCGUCGCACCCAAGAUUCUACUCGAAUACGGGCAAGACCAGAUUCAUGUUUGAUCACUCAGUUCCUUACUAUUUCAUGAGUGGAACGUCUGGUCAUUGCGAAAAAGGUCAGAAGAUGAUCGUCGAGGUCAUGAAUCACGACCGUACCAGCACAUCCUCAGCUCCUCCGGCUGCAAUGGCUGUUUGGUUCUGUUUCUUAAGCUUCACGUUAUAUAUAUUAUAG